UGAAAAAGCUGAUGAGUGAGGACUCGAAACCCGGGAAGCGACACAAGUGGUCAGACUGCAACACUCAGUCUGAGACUGAGUAGUACAAUACACCAAACCUUACCCCACUUUGUUUUGGUCCACGCCCCCAACUAACCAUGGUUAGUCAUCGAGUCAGUCAACUUCUUCCUUUUUUUUAACCCUCCUCUAACCUAUAUUCACUGUCUCACUUCUAGCUCCACAUGUCAUUCUUUAUUAUUGCAAUUUGCAGAAUACAAAUACAGUAUGUUAUAUUUAUCUUAUCACAUGGGAACGGCAAAGAUUGCACUCAAUGAACAAACACAAAGGGAGAAGAUCAUAGAUUACUUUAACGGCUCUUGAGUUUUUCUAAAUUGUUUAUUCCAUUCAAUGAAGGACCCUAGUUUUUAAUAAUUUUAUAUUCCACUAUAUAGUAGUUCAGAAAAGAAGGGUGCUUGUUUAGUUGUUUGUUUUCAUAAUAGUAUUAAUGUUUCCAGAAUCUGGAUUCUGGUCAAAGAUAUAUCACACCCUACUACUCGUUCUUAACAUAUUGAGAUAGAUAUAUAUAGAGAGAGAGAGGAAGCUUUUGCAUUAGAAAGAAGGAGUUAGAAGAUUUUAGUAUUUGUACCGUUCUUUAUGGUUGUCUUCCCCUAGGUUUAACUAUCUAUGAAAAAUUGAUGAUUUAGAAAUAAAUUAUCAAAAAUUAUUGGUGACAGAGUGGUUGCUAUUAUUAUUGUUUGAUAGAGAAGUAUUUAUGGGGAAAAAGAAUCGCCAAAAAACGAAGGAACUUUCGGUAGCGAUAGCUGAGGCUUCAUCCAAAGGAGGUGACACUGAAGAACAACAACAACAACAACAACCUCAGCCUCCUCGAAAAAGAGGGAGACCUCGUAAGGUUGUUGUUGUGGAAACGGAAAGCGAAGUGAAAAAAGUGGAACCAAAAGAGGAACCAGAAGCUUCUACUUCUUCAGCAACGAAGAAAGAAGAACAACAUAGGAGGCAACAAGUGGAGUUAACAUCAGAAUCGGUGGCAUGCAAAAGAAUCACAAAGGAAGAGAUUCAAGUCCCAAAAGGGGAACCCUCGAGAAGCAGGGCGAGGAGGAAAAGCAAACCCAGAAAAAGCACUUAAGAAUCAUUGAUUGCUUUUUUUAUAUAUUCUUGUUUUUAUGAUUAAUUUCUCUUCCUUUCCAGAACAAAGUAAAUAAAAGAAAUUCUUGGGCAAUCAGAAUGAAUAUUCUUGGGUUCGGCUUGUCAUCUUGUUCAAGGAUUGGAUUGAUAUGGAAAACGCAUGCAAGCAUCCAAAGAACUUUUUCUUCAGGUUCUUCUGCUUAUCUAAUCCCUGUGUUAAUAUGGUUAGUUAUAUAUGGUCCACGAGAGAACUUGAAUAUAUCAAUGUUUCAUUCACAUGCAGAAAAAAAAAAAAAAGUUUAGGUUGAGCUUAAUUAAUUAUAAAGCUAAGGCUUUGGUGUAUGUAUUACUUUAACUAUAUGUGUGUGUUAUGAUUUUGUGAAUUAAUAUGAUAAUGAUAUUAUUUGGGUCUUUUUCUUGA